AGUCUCGAGGUCCCGGAUGUUCGAGCGGACAUUUCCCACGCGUUGUUCAGCCGCCGCUCGUGCAAAGGUUUUCUUUCUUUAGUUUUGUUUAUUUUUUUUGUCUGUUGUAUGACUACUAAAGCAGAAAAACCCACGCUCCAGGGGCAGCGCAUUAAGACUCGAAAGAGAGAUGAGAAAGCGAAAUACGACCCUGUGGGGUUUCGUGAUGCAAUCUUACAGGGUCUCAAUGAAUCAGGAACAGAUCUAGAGGCCGUAAACAAGUACCUUGACCAAGCAGGUUCCAAGCUUAAGUACCGCACCUACGGAGAAACUCUCUUUGAUAUCCUAAUUGCUGGUGGCAUCCUCACCCCUGGUGGGGGAAUAUCUGAAGAUGGCAUUGACCAAGGGCCAGUGCGCACAGACAUGUGCAUCUUCAAGGCCCCAGAUGACUCAUACGAGACACUGCGAGGCUAUGCCACAGUUUUCACCCGGCUGAUGAGGAGAUACAAGUAUCUUGAGAAGAUGUUCUAUGAAGAAAUGAAAAAGGUUCUGGUAUACCUCAAAGGGUUUAGCGAAGGUGACCGUAUCCGCUUGGCUCGUUGUAUUGCCAUGUGGAUGAGCGACUCGCUGCUCGACCCGAAGGUGCUAGCAACUCUACUGCAGGAUCACCUUAUCAAGGAUGGGCUUGCAGCUGACUUUUUGUGUGAGGUACUUCUCACAGCAAAGAAUUUGAAAGAUAUCAGCACGGUGCGAUCACUGCUACGCAAAGCAGGUUUGGAUUCAAGGUUAAUGGAGUUUCUUCAAGCCAACAAGCGGACCGAUGAGAAUUUUAAGAAUCUCUUCCAGGAGAAAGGCCUAGCAGAGAUACUUGAUAUCCACAGGUCUCUGGAAAAGGAGAGCAGUCUGAAAGAACUGCAAAUAUACCUGACGCAGCAGGUAAAUGAAGGUGCUCCUGUGAAAGAGAUAAUAAUUGGGGUACAGGAGAUUUCAAAGAAGAACAAUAUUCAAGAACCUCAGGUUGUGGCUGCUAUUUGGGGUAGUGUAAUGGCAGCCAUGGAAUGGAACAAGAAAGAGGAGUUGGUUGCAGACCAGGCCCUCAAACAUUUGCGUGUCUAUGCCCCCUUGUUUGCUGCCAAUACCAGAUCUGACCGCGCAGAGUUGAAUCUGCUGGUUCGUAUUCAGGAAUACUGUUACGACAACAUGAAUUUCAUGAAAGUUUUCCACAAGAUUGUCAUCCUCUUCUACAAAUCUGAAGUUUUGUCAGAGGAAGCAGUCCUCAAGUGGUACAAGGAUGGUCAUGCUACGAAAGGGAAGUCGAUCUUCCUUGACCAGCUCAAGAAGUUUGUGGAGUGGUUACAGAAUGCUGAGGAGGAGUCCGAUGAGUCUGGUGAUGAAGAUGAUGAUUAAACCAUUAUGCCUACAGAACUCAGGACUUCUACCAGGCCAAUGUUCGAGUAAGAUGUGAACCAACCACACGCUGCCAACCACAAAGGAGCCAUCCAUGCCAUGCUAUUGUUUUAUCAACCAAGAAGGCGCCUCCAAGCUAUUACUUUGCUCUACCUACAGCGCCUUAACUAAAGAGUCUCCAUGAAGCACAUGGGACUUGAUACUGCAACGGUUAUUUUUGUUAAUUUUUUAAUUUGUAUAUUUAUUUUCUAUUGCUUGAGAACACAGCAUCAGAGCAGGAGCAGCAGCCCUCCAACACGACAAACCAGAACCCCCACAAACUGCCACCUACUGUUGCUUCGUUGAUCUCUAGUACAAAAUGCUACGACAGGCAUUGAUACUGUGGAACUCCUCGGUCAACAUCGGGGUUCAGCGACCGACUGGCCUCUGGACCUUUGCCUAUGAAUGGCAAGGGGUCCAGGAAAGUGCUGUCUUGUAUGAGUCUUUGUUGGUAUUUAUUUGUCCGUUGUUCAACCAGCGGUCGAAAUGAAUGAAGCUGUGAUUUCUCUUGUAUUUUUGUUGAAUAUGUUAUACUAAAGAUUGAGACCUGCAUUAAAAGUUUGGACAGCGCCCAAAAUAAUUUUAUUGGUAUGAGAGGAAGUGCAUGUAAUUUUGUGCAAGGAAGCAAAAGAAUCCUUCAAAGAUGGUGAAUGAAGUGUCAAAAAUAAAUAUUUUUAACGUUUUAAGAUAGGAGGUUGCACCAGCUUACCAAAUAAUUGAUCCUUUCGGAUAAAUCACUAUUGUAGUACUUGGCCGUGUAAAGUGAUCCAGCAUUUAGUGUGAGUGUGUUCCAGGAGUAUGGAAAGUGGUUACUUUUUACUUUUUUAUAGAAGGGGGGCUCCUCCCAGCUUGCCCAUCAUAUUUCUUUAUUUUAUAAUCCUUAUAACUAUAGGUGUGGGACAAUGUUUUUGGUAAAUAAAAACAUUGAGAAAA